AUGUCAGCUAAGCCCCAAACGAAGAACAAGAAAAAUGAUGAAGAGAGGAACUACGAAUUAGAGAAUGAAAUCAUGAGGAGGAGAAUUCAGACAAUUCGUGAGAUGAUUGCUACAAAACAGAAGCAAACGGAGGAAAGCGAACAAAGAAUAAAGAGACUGAAAUACAAUUACACACGGAUCGAUAACGCCUUUAGGGCGGAGGCCGCCAAAGCAGAACCGGGGUAUCAGGAGCUGCAACAGCGAUAUGCUGAUAUGCGCACAACUUACCAGCGUAUCCUUGAAGAAGUAAAGGAACAAGUUGCAAAAGCACAGAGAGACAACGAACUGCUCGAGAAGGAAAUUGUCACGACAGGGUUGCACAAGGAUCAUGUUGUUGAAGGGAAGAGAUCCAUGAUGAAGCGUCUUGAGCGCGAACUGGAGUCUAUGGCGUUAGAGUUCUCUGAAAUUCUGAUGGAGACUGCCGACAAAAUGACCGCAAGCAUCACAGUUUCUCACAGCACAUGGGAAAGCAAUAAUGGGCAUUUGCCGUUGAUCAAUAGGCUGCAAGAUUUCUCCUUGGUAGACCCACCUGCCUUGUAGGGUGUGGUGACAGGUGUGACGCGUUGAGACAUGGGAACGCCCUCCGGCUACAUGCACGAGCAAUCCCUCACUUCGUGUGUAACAACGCAUGUACGCAGAACUGACCCUGCCUUCCUUUGUUGUCAUCCAAGGAGAGGUGUUGGUAUGAGGAGGAGAAAGCGCCGCCCACUGUCUGACAAGGUCAUUGAUGUGCGCUAAACUGAAUAGAUGACUCCGGAACACGCCCUGAGUAUAUGAUUUGACUUUCUGGAAUGCUCCACUGUGA